UGCGCGCGCAGCUUCAGUCUGGAGUCGCUACGACGGAGCCGCAAUGAAGAGAUAAAUAGCGACGAUAUCUAUUUAUUUUUUGGAGUGUCGCGGCUCUAAUUUCUUAGUUAAUUGGAGUGAAGCGGUCCGAGGCGGAAGGCUUCAUGUUCUCCUCUGUUUAGCGGACCAUCAUGGAAGGCAACGACGAUGUGCGUCAGAACACUGUGCAGAAUGAUGCUGAGGAGGGAAGAGGGGAAGUCCUUGGUAAAGUGGAAGACGGAGCAAACCCUCUUGCCGGUGACUCUUGUGACGGCAGCGUGACUAAAGGAGGGCUCUCUAACCAUGUAGAGGAUCCUUCGCCAUCGGUGGUCGGUCCUGCCACCGAGUCUCCUGGAGGAGUGGCCUUGAAAGUGGCCACCACUGUCCUCCACCCGGUGUGUCUGGGAGAGAGUUCGCUGAUGCUGCCCAUCCACCUCCAGAUGGCCGGAGCGUCCGCGCCUCAGCUUGGACAAAUAGGGGCGGCGCCGUUUUUGAUAGCAGGGCAAAGCCCGGUGUCACUCCCAUUGGUCCUGGACCAGCAGGUCAUCCAGCACAUGAAUCCCACCAUCAUCCCUCAAACUGCCUCCUGUGCGCAGCUGCCCCUCCAGAACAAUGUCCUGUGUCAGAAUCCUAUUUCGUUUGGUUUGCCUCCAGCUAUCGAUCCGAAGGCAGCUGGACAGACACAGGAAGCUAACCUGCUGUCCCUCCUGCAAAAUCCGGCGUUUGCAGCCAUCCUGCAGGAUCUUUUCCCACUCCAGACAGGAUCUUCUGCCUGUCAGUCCCCAGGCUCUGCCUUUUUCCCCCUUCCUCCUCUCACACCUCCCUACACAUCGCCUUUGGCUCCACUGGUUCCACCUGCCACUCUCUUAGUCCCCUAUCCUGUGAUCAUUCCCCUCCCAGUGCCUCUGCCCGUCCCUCUCCCCAUUCCGAUCCCCAUUGCUCAAAGUGAGGACUCGAAAGGGAGCAUGCCAAAACCAGUUUGCACUGUGAAUAAAAGCACUCAGACGUCACCAAGAGAUACUACCUCUCCCUCUUUAUCGUCAAAGAAGUGCUCGCCUCAUCCCCAGCCACAGAACACGUCCGUGUCCUCACCGCCUCUAGAGGAAGGACAGGUCCUGGACCUCUCCGUCCGGACGUGCCCGAUUGAACCAAAACAGGAAUAUCCCAGUCCUCACCAGGACAACGUGCUUGAUCUGUCCGUGCCCGGUGUCAGAAAAAAGUGUGUCCAGUCAGAGAGGAAAGAAGCUUUAGAGUCUGGCCAAAGCGCCACCAAUGCCGCGUUGUCUCUGGGCGUUGAAUGCUCGCCGGGAUUAGAUUCCAAACUCCUGGGCAGCUUGACCUCGCUGGAGUUCAGCCGGCAACACAAGUGGCUGGUCGACACCGGCGUCGCUGGAUCCAGCUCUCUGAGCCAAGAGGCAUCUCUUGGCGGAGCCGGGAACCUGGAGAUAGUCAGCACGUCGCAGACGGCCAAGGUCAUCGUCUCCGUGAAGGACGCCAUUCCUGCCAUCUUGUGUGGGAAAAUCAAAGGCCUUUCAGGGGUCUCCACCAAGAACUUCUCCAUCAAACGGGAUGGCAGCCAGGGGGCCUCCCUGCAGCAACUCUACGCCGUGCCGUCAUCGUCUCACGGGGAGCAAGACCCCAACAACCCCCAUAAAAAGGUCACUAAAAACAGAGCCAUCAAGCUAAAGAAGGUCAGCUCCCAGGAGAUCCACUUCCUCCCAAUUAAGAAGCAGAGACUUGCUGCGCUGCUGCCUAGGAAGUGAGAGGGCUCCCAGGAGGGAGGAGAGGGGAGAUUAAUGGCCGCAUGGCUCCCCUUUCUCUCCCGAUAGUAUAAUAUGACACUCACAUGAGGGGCAUUCUGCACUGAAAAUCAAACAUUCAUCUGUCCAAUCAGAGAGCAGCUUUUUGCUCAGAAAGCAAAGCUCUUUGUGAGAUAUUACAUUUCUCUGAACUGCUGUUUUUCCUUUGGUAAUGUGUGAGAAUACAUUACCAAAGGAUUUGCGAUAUUAUACUGACAUGUGUUGUGUACGGCAGCUUCACUCACUCAUUGUGUGCGACUCAGUAAACGGGAGACGUCGAUUUUGUAACACGUCACAUAUAAACCCAAACAAUCGCUUUCAGGACACGGCUCCCAUGCCUCCGUCCAAAGCUUUCCGCUCCACAUGCAGGUUUUUCACAGAAGUGCACUGAGAACCUGAAGAAGAAGGAAAAAAAAGCGUCUGCUGGGCUGACCAAGACUGUUCAAACAUGUCACUGGAAAUUCCCGCUGACAUCAAAGCUCACUGGAGCAAAGCGCUCCUUCCUGAUUGGUCGGGGUGAUUAACACGAGAGGCUAAUGAAGACUUAGCAAAGACCGCAGCCAUCGAUUCAUUGGACGAUUGAUGGCCAACAGCUGACAGUCGCAAAGCAAAAUGGCUCCUUGUUUUCCUGAAAAGCAAAGGCUCUUGGAAUGGUUUUCACUUUUAAUCCGCGAGUUGAUCGGAACGUAGAAAAAAUGAACGGGGUGGGAAAAAGAGCUGCUUUUGUUGUCGAACGUGUUUCCUAAAACAAUGGCCUUUUUUUGCCAGGAGAUUUUGGCAACAAAGUAACUUUGAAAAGAUAAUUUAAAAAAAAUCACUUUUGACAUAAAAACAAAAAAAACAACAAACUUGACUUAGGCCCUUAUUUUAAGAAGGUGAUGAUAAAUUGUACAAUUGAAAAAAAUAAAAAAAUUUGAAAAGUGCGGCAUGCAGAUAUCUUAAGUCACAACUUGUUGAAAACUUUUAAGCCCUUUUUGUCCCCAGUUUUGGCCUGUAUUAAUCUUAAUUUGUCCCCCUAUUAACCUCUGACCAGCUUCCCAGUCCCAUCACCACAUCAAGAUGCCGCCACCACCGUGUUUUAUGGUGGGGAAUGUAUGUUCAGAUUAACAAACACAGUACGUUUGUUAAUCACCAUGUAAAUCUUACUUGCAUUUCACAAUUUUGCGUUUAUUUGUGUUGGUUUAUCUAAUAAAACCCCACUAAAAGCAAAUCGAAGAUGGCGGUUUUAACUCGAUAAAACGUGGAACAUUUCAAGGAGUUUGAAUACGUUGCAGAUACUGUAGCCAAAGCUGAUAAAAUGCCUCACAGCGUACAUGUAAAAGCCUGCAACACCUGACUGUUUGUUAACUUAUUUAUUUAACCUCCACAGCACGGAAAGUUUCCGUUACAUUAGUGGAGAAAGAAAGAAAGAAAAAAAAAACUACGUGUUUGUUUUGUAUGUGACUCGUCCGUUAUUAGUAUUGAUCUGACAACAUCCUGCUUUCUUUUACCCAACAUGUUGUGUAAAAGUUGCUUUUUCUUUCUUUUUGUGUUGUUGUUUCUCUCGGUGGUAAGGACCAGAGUUGUGAAUGUGGAGCUUGUCGUUGAUUUGAGUGCACUUUGUGAUGGAUUUUUAGUUGGAAAGACUCCCGGGCCGCUUCGCCGAAACGUCACCCUGGUCGUUUAUGAGUUCAAGGGGUUGUGUGAAACGGGACGAGCAGCAGGCCAAGAACUAACAGCAGCCACAUGCAGACUGUCUGGAUGAGCUGAGAUGGAAAAUACCUUGAAGCUCCACGUUUCUUUUUUUUUUUUUUCCGUUUCUCUAUAUUUAUGACUCCGUUCCUCAGCAAUCCCAGAAUAUCUGACGCCAGAAGAGAAACAAUCUCUUUACAUGGACUGGAUCUGCCUCUAAUUUAUGAUUUGUGCACCUUUUUAUUUAUGCAAAUGUGUGUGUGUGCUGUUUUUUUUUUUGUUUGUUUUUCAAAACCCCUGAAGUGAGGGAUUAUCAGCAGCAUUUUUAUGUCAGUCUCCUCAUGGCUGCAGUUUAAACAAAAUAAUAAUAAUAAGGGUGAAGAAUCAAAUGUGGAAAUGUGUAUUUAAUUAUUUGCUAUGUGUCGUUCGUGUGUGAGCUUUUGUGUUUUUAUAUGAGAGCAAACUAAAUUUUUCAAGCCCA